GCAUUAGGGUACAGACGCUGUGAGGCAGGAGGGGACUUAGGCUCGUCCUCAAGAGUUGAGACCGUUAAAAAGGCCGCCACGGAGCCCGCCGGAGCUAACGCUGCUGCUGCUGCUGCCCGGGUCGGAACCGCCGGGCCGCAGCCGGCGGCGAUGCCGCGAAGGAAGAGGAAUGCGGGCAGUAGUUCCGAUGGAACCGAAGAUUCCGAUUUUUCUACAGAUAUUGAGCAUACAGAUAGUUCUGAAAGCGAUGGGACAUCCCGGCGAUCUGCUCGAGUUACCCGCUCCUCAGCCAGGCUGAGUCAGAGUUCUCAAGAUUCUAGUCCAGUUCGGAACUUGCAGUCAUUUGGCUCUGAAGAACCAGCCUAUUCUACCAGAAGAGUGACACGUAGUCAACAGCAGCCCACGCCUGUAACACCCAAAAAGUACCCGCUCCGGCAGACCCGCUCGUCUGGCUCAGAAACUGAGCAAGUGGUUGAUUUUUCAGAUCGAGAUACUAAGAACACAGCAGAUCAUGAUGAGUCUCCACCCCGAACUCCUACUGGCAAUGCACCCUCCUCUGAGUCUGAUAUAGACAUCUCCAGUCCCAAUGUGUCCCAUGAUGAAAGUAUUGCCAAGGACAUGUCUAUGAAGGAUUCUGGCAGUGACUUGUCUCAUCGCCCUAAGCGCCGCAGAUUCCAUGAAAGCUACAAUUUCAAUAUGAAGUGCCCAACACCAGGCUGUAACUCUCUAGGGCACCUAACAGGGAAGCAUGAAAGACACUUCUCCAUAUCUGGAUGCCCACUCUAUCACAAUCUUUCAGCUGACGAAUGCAAGGUAAGAGCACAGAGCAGGGAUAAGCAGAUAGAAGAGAGAAUGCUCUCCCACAGGCAAGAUGACAACAAUAGGCAUGCAACCAGGCACCAGGCACCAACAGAAAGGCAGCUUCGGUAUAAGGAGAAGGUGGCUGAGCUCAGGAAGAAGAGGAACUCUGGACUGAGCAAAGAGCAAAAAGAGAAAUAUAUGGAGCACAGACAGACCUAUGGAAGCACCCGGGAGCCCCUCCUGGAAAACCUGACCAGCGAGUAUGACUUGGACCUUUUCCGAAGGGCACAAGCUCGAGCAUCAGAGGAUUUGGAGAAGUUGCGGCUUCAGGGCCAAAUCACAGAGGGCAGCAACAUGAUUAAAACAAUUGCCUUUGGCCGCUAUGAGCUAGAUACCUGGUACCACUCGCCCUACCCAGAAGAGUAUGCACGCCUGGGACGGCUCUACAUGUGCGAAUUCUGUCUCAAAUACAUGAAGAGCCAAACAAUACUUCGUCGACACAUGGCAAAAUGUGUAUGGAAACAUCCGCCAGGAGAUGAGAUCUAUCGUAAGGGCUCCAUCUCUGUGUUUGAGGUUGACGGCAAGAAGAACAAGAUAUAUUGCCAAAACCUCUGCCUGCUGGCCAAGCUCUUUCUAGACCAUAAGACGCUGUAUUAUGAUGUAGAGCCCUUCCUCUUCUAUGUCAUGACAGAAGCUGACAACACUGGCUGUCACCUGAUUGGGUACUUCUCCAAGGAAAAGAAUUCAUUCCUCAAUUACAAUGUUUCCUGCAUCCUCACCAUGCCUCAGUACAUGCGACAAGGCUAUGGCAAGAUGCUCAUUGACUUCAGUUAUUUGCUUUCCAAAGUAGAAGAAAAGGUUGGCUCCCCAGAACGCCCACUGUCUGAUUUGGGCCUCAUCAGCUACCGGAGUUACUGGAAAGAAGUGCUGCUUCGAUAUUUGCAUAAUUUUCAAGGCAAAGAAAUCUCUAUAAAAGAAAUCAGCCAGGAGACUGCUGUGAACCCUGUGGACAUCGUUAGUACCCUGCAGGCCCUUCAGAUGCUCAAGUACUGGAAAGGGAAACACCUGGUUCUAAAGAGACAGGACUUAAUUGAUGAGUGGAUAGCCAAAGAGGCAAAGAGAUCCAACACCAAUAAGACCAUGGAUCCCAGCUGUUUGAAAUGGACCCCUCCGAAAGGAACUUAAACUGGCUGUGGAUCCCUGAGCCAGCGAACCCCGCAGUACGAAGCCCCCUUGGGAUCUGUCUGUCCAUUUCUGUUGCUGUUGUGAUUGGCAUGUACAGUAUCCUUUGGGAAGGCCAUUCCCCCUUGGGACUGUCCUGGCUCCAACCCUUUGUGUAAAAUGCAGACGCUGGUUCUGAGGAACUGUUGUUUCGGCCUCAGUGAGGUUGCCUGGAAUGCAUCUGUAUUGGACUCGAUUGAAGCUCCCACAUAAGCACUGACCCAAGGACUCGCAUGUGGUACUGUACCUGUUCAGUCACUGGUUCCCCCUCAUGUUUCAAGUUGUGUUGUGUCCUUUAAACUGCCUGUAAUAGUGCUCCUUCAGGUUGCUGAGCAGGAUCGUUCUUGUUCCCUUUUGAACCUGGUUACUUCCACCUUCACCUUAACAGUUCCCUGGGUCUCUUUCAGCGGGUCAGGAGAGGGGGUGAAGAUGCAGAGUGUGGGGGAGAUGGCCACGGUUAAGCCACAUUGCAUUUUCACUCCGUUUCUGACCUUCUUUGCUCUUUUGUUGUGAUUUGAAGACUUCUAACACACUUCCACCUCCCUCCCCUUUUAAGAAAUCCCCAUCAGGCUGACCAGGGCUGGGGGUUAGUUUAAGCAUCAAUGCAAGAUGGAAAUUGGGUUGGAGGAGAGGAUGAGUUUAGCAGCGCAUGGUGAUUUUGUGCUCUAAUUUGGGACCACUUCCAGGGAAGGUUACUUGUUUCAAUGAAAGGGAGAGAACAUUGGCCUCCCUGCCACAGUCAUGGAAAUUCCCUAGAACAAAGAGCAGAAACAGCGGCCUUUCCAGACCUUACCCUCUUCCGCACUGGGAAUCCCCAAGACUAUUUCCAGUGCUCAUUUUUCACGUCAUGUCUUAGCUUAUUCUUUCUAUUUCAUACUUCUUUUCCCUUCCGGUACCAUUCUGGCCCCGUACAGUCCUUUGCCCUUCUCUGUAGGGUCAUAGCAAAUACUGGUGGGAGCAUGUGCAGAACAUCCUUACUUUUUACACUGGUUGCAUUCACCUUGUCCCAAGAACCACAGAGGAGGAGAAAACAACUUAACAGUCAUUUGUGUGCUGCCGCCAUUGUGGCCGUGCAAGUCAAAGUAAUAGCAGCCUCCUCCAGCGUACAGCAAGUUUGCCUCUCUGGCGGCAGCACCUCAUACCCUUUGAGAACAGAAGCGCUUGUACCCCUUCCCAGCCUCACUCCACUUCCCCUGCUCUUUCUGGUCUACAGUUCACUUCUGUUUUUGAUGUUGUUAAAGUGAUUCGGGGAGAGAAUGAGACAUUCUGGCUCACUUCUCGCCAGUCUCCAUAUGUGCUAUCUCAGAGCAGCCUUUGAUGUUUGACAUGUCCCCCUUGCCAACUUGGUCUCCUACAAUACUGUUGUCUUGAUGUGGAGCCCUCACCACAACCCCUAACCUGUGGUCAGUCGUGCCUUGCUCCUGUCACUUCUAUACACUAUUUAUAAUCACCGUGGGUUUGUGGGGGCCUGGUUUCAAGCAUGCUCAGUGGCGGCUCCCCUCCCUUUCCUCCCGGCCCCAAGCUUCCGUGUCACUGUAGAACGUCGAUUACAGAAGCAAGCUGGCUGGGGAUUUUCUCCUGAGGGGUAUAGGCCUUUCUUAUACAGAAGCUGAACCCUUUUCCACAUGUGGUAGAAUGUGCGGUUCUGUAUCUAUUUCUCAAUAAAGCAUGUUCUCUGCUCAAAAA